CCGUCAGUGCGGGAACAGAGAUAUUUGAGAAAGGAGUGCGAGAGAAGAGAGAAACCGGGGAGAAAAAGAGAGUGAGACGGGCCGCCCGUUGUUCCCAUUUAUUGAGCCAUUACACGCGGUCGCGCACAUGCGACGCAUACGCGCGCAUAAAUGAUGCCGCGAGCGUUUGUUGCACCCUGGACAAUGUUCGCCGAUUGAUUAGUCGUCGCACACUCGUCCUGUCGCGGUCGAUCGUGUUUCGCGAGGGAUCGCGCGUAUCGAUACGGACCUAUCGACGUAGGCGCGGGAAGUUCAAUUCGCCGCCGUCGGGAAACGCACCGCGGUCGUGCGCAAAGCACCGUUCUUAUGGAAUCGAUCGCGUGCGAGUAACGGAGAAUUGACGCGAGGAUUAUCAAUUAUUUACGUGGCAACACGCGAGCCUCCUCGAGCGAUCUUCUCCGCGGAGGUCCGCGCGACAAGUCGAACGUUCGGAGUCGCGUUCCGAGCUGCUCCUUGAAUUAUAAACCGUCUGAAAUGGAUUUGAGUUACUCCCAUCGACGGGACAGAGAGAGAAGGACGCCGUGAGAGAGGGGAGGGGGGCGCGAGACGAGACGGGCGCGGGAGACGAAUGGGGAGCGAGAGAGGGACGUAGAGAGCGUGCCGAUGCUUGUUAGUUGCUCAGCUGUUUUGAAGAAUCGACGACGCAGACUGGACUGGCAGCAGCAAUCGGCCGUGACUCGGCGCGAGAUCGCUGCACUCACGUCCAAACGCAAACAGAUGUGGAGUGACUGUCCAAAUUUCUGACACAUCUCGGGCACGAUUGUCGACGCGAGAAGCAUCCCCUUUUUGCGUGCACGCACAGCGGCGCCGACAAUUGCGAGUCCUCGAACUGAGGCCGAGCUAACGUUCAACGAAACGGACGGAAUAAAGGAAUCGCCAUGAGCGAGCUAAGCCAGGAAGAAAUGAGGAGAAGGCGGUUAGUCCAUUUAGCGGGCUUGAACACGAGUAACACGGCUGCCAAUUUAAUCAACCCUACCACCUCAAUAUCUCCAAAUACUUCGGGUCCUUCAACAGCAUUUGCAGGAUCAAUAUCUCCAUCUACCCAGCAGCAAUUUCAACAUGCUGAUGUACCAAUGGAAGUAGAGGAAAGUAGUGACAAACAGUGUAAUACUUCUGGGAUAGAUGUUGACUCAGGAAUUGAAAAUAUGGAAGUUGAGGAAUCUGACAGGAAAGAUUUACCGAGAUCACGUACAACAAGUUCAAGCAUAGAAGUAACAACAGAUAAAAUACACGCUGUCAUAUCACGCAUUUUGUGCAUAUCGUGGAAGAGUCCUGUGGAGGGAAGUAUAUAUCUGCCGCGUAUAGCAGAAUAUUUGCAAAAACAGCCGAACGUUGCAGACCUCAUUAACCAUGCCUUGAUAGAGGUAUUACAUCUGUUUUCGCGGGGGGAAGAUCUCUUAAAAGAUAUCGUAAUAGAGAAAUUAUCAGACUGCGAGGACAGUCCGAAUAGCCAAGAGAGUCCGAGUUUAUUGAGUCCCAUUGUGAUUCCUCCAUCUUUUGAAUUACCGACCAUACCAUUGCCGAUAGGCACCAAAUUAACGCAACCGAAAAGUCUACUUUAUUUGCUAGAUUGUUACUUAAGAGUUGCGACCGAAGAAAAGAAUCAUCCAAAGCGAUCCAGCGUACCUCCUCUUUCCGAAGUAUUGACAGCUUUGAGAGCACAAUGUGUUCAGUAUUCCAGUCUUGUUCUUCUAGGAUUGAUUGGCAUUGACUGCCAAACUCCAACACCUAUGUAUCCCGCUUAUUUUCUCUACCCGAUAUUAUCGCAAACCUUGCCUCGCGGCUAUCUCCACGAGCUUGUGGCUAGGACGCAUGGGAAUCCAACGAUAUUUAGUAAAAUAUUUACUCCAAUCUUGCAAGUCUUGUAUCUUUCGAUGCAACAAACGAGCUUGGUCGGCAAUAUGCACAGAAGGCCGAUCGAGGCACUGGAAGAUCUGUUAGAAAUUCGCUGUGGACCGAACGGCAAUAUACGUCCAAUUUGCCGUCUGAUCACCAAUCAAGUCCAAUUUUUGCCCAAGAUCAUGACCUCGGCCGCUGGCAGAGAACUCACCAGGACCUCGUUCUUAGGGCCGUUUCUCUCGGUGUCGGUGUUCGCCGAGGACGAGCCGAAAGUGGCGGAGAAAUUCUUCAGUGGAAAUCCAUUUACGGACAAGUCGGUGAACGUGACGUUGCAACAAGAGUUAGAAAGCACGAGAAGCUCGUUACACAAGAUGUUCCACGCGAUACUCGCGAACAGUAACUGCCGUGACGUUACCUUGACGUAUCUCGCGACGUUGAUACGUCACAAUGAGAAACGCGCGCAAAUGCAGACCGAGGAGUUCACUUUAGCUGGGGACGGAUUCAUGUUGAACCUGCUGUCGGUUCUGCAGAUGCUCUCCGUGAAAAUCAAACUGGACACCGUGGAUCCCAUGUAUCCAUUUCAUCCCUCCAGCUUCGUUGAGAUAAAGAAUGACACAAGACUGAAACUUACUUCGCGUGAAGUCGCGGAGUGGCAGAGGAGCUUGGAGAAGACGCAUAAAUGGUCGGAGGCGAAAUUCCCGACUCAGUGUUGGUUCCUCACGUUACAUUGUCACCACAUCGCGCUGCUACCGGCGCUGCAGAGGUAUCAGAGGAAGUUGCGGGCGUUGCGAGAUUUGCAAAAGAUGCUCGACGAACUACAAGCCACCGAACACCAAUGGAAGGACACACCCUUCGCGGAGCACAACAAAGACUUAAUCAAACAGUGGAAGCAACAAUUGAAGCGGCUAGUUAAAUCGAAAUCGUGUGCGGAUGCGGGAUUGAUAGAUCCCAUCCUUCUCAGAAGGUGCUUAGAGUUUUAUAUGUCUGUGGCGGAGAUUUUGUUGAGCCUUUUGACAGAGACUACUCCGGGCGAUCCUCUGCCCGAACUUCCGCUUCCCAGGGAAGUCCCGUACAAGUUUACCGCGCUACCUGAAUGGUAUGUGGAGGACAUAGCGGAAUUCUUAUUGUUCAUACUUCAGUUUUGUCCUGGGGUAAUAACAAACGAUAUGGACAAUUCGCUUAUUACUUGGUUACUCGUCGUUGUGUGUACACCGCAUUGCAUACGAAAUCCGUAUCUGAUCGCGAAGAUCAUCGAGGUUCUUUUUGUGAUAAAUCCCAGUAUACAGGGAAGAACGGAAAUUCUUCACUAUCACGUUAUGGCGCAUCCUAUAUCGAAGACACUACUGGCAUCAUAUCUCAUGAAGUUUUAUACAGACGUCGAGACCACUGGCUCUAGUUCCGAAUUUUAUGACAAAUUUUCAAUACGUUAUCACAUAAGUCUAAUCCUAAAAUCAAUGUGGGACAGCCCGGUACAUCGAACGUCUAUCGUCAAUGAGAGCAAUAACGGCAAGCAAUUCGUCAAAUUCAUCAACAUGCUAAUGAACGAUACUACCUUUUUACUCGACGAAAGUUUAGAAUCUCUGAAGCGUAUACACGAAGUACAGGAACUCAUGUCGGACACCAGUGCGUGGAACGCGUUUACUCAGGAGCAACAGCAAUCGCGAACGAGACAGCUGGCAGCGGAUGAGAGACAAGCCAGGUCCUACCUUACACUAGCCAAGGAGACAGUUGCUAUGUUUCAUUACUUGACGGUCGACAUUACAGAACCGUUCUUGCGACCAGAAUUGGUCGGGCGACUGUGUGCCAUGUUAAAUUUCAAUUUACAACAGUUAUGCGGACCUAAGUGCAAAAAUCUGCGAGUGAGAAAGCCGCAAAAGUACGGAUGGCAACCAAGGACGUUACUCAGUCAGUUGGUUGAUAUAUAUUUACAUCUUGACUGUGAUAAUUUUGCAGCUGCUUUAGCCAGUGACGAACGUUCAUUCUGUAAAGAAUUAUUUACUGACGCGGCGAGCAGACUAGAAAGAUCUGCGAUAAAAACUCCCACAGAGAUCGAAAGGUUCAUAGCGCUCGCGGAGCGUGCAGCGGUGAUCGCGAGAGAAAAUCGCGUGCGCGACGCAAACUAUGGCGAUGCUCCUGAGGAAUUCCGGGACCCAUUGAUGGACACUCUUAUGGAGGAUCCCGUCAAACUACCAUCUGGGAUUGUCAUGGACAAACCUGUUAUCAUUAGACAUUUACUCAAUAGCGCCACAGAUCCUUUCAGUCGGCAACCUCUUAGCGAGGAUAUGCUUAUACCAAUGCUCGACUUAAAAGAAAGGAUAACUAUGUGGAAACAAGACAAAACAAAAUCGACAAACUUAUAAGCGGUGCUAAUUGACGAGGAUUUUGUGAAAUAAAAAUAAGAGUAAAAGAGAUAAGCAUCACGUUUCAACAUGAUUAAUAACGUCAAUAUUGCAUGAUACAUUUUUCAUCAACCCAACAAAUGUAUCAGUCGAGUGCAGUUGACGAAUAUAGUGCAAUGAUCUCGCUAAUGUGCAAACAAUUGCGCUCAAUAAAUUUACAGUUUUUAUACAAUAAAUAUUAACAGACUGCAGCUAGCGAACUGCCACGAUAUUGCUCCAAACAUACUUUAGAAACUUGUAAAUAAUUGCUGGCAUCGUGUCAGUAUCUAAAAUUGCAUAUUAUUCGUAAAUAAGCUCUUUUAUUUUUUACGUUCUUCGAUGUAUGCGGCGACGGGUGGGAUGUUUCAGACAUAUCCCGCAUCUGAUUAUGAAAAUAUUAUGUUAAAUAGUAUAAACUAGUAAU